AUGGCACAGUAUCCAAAUGGCCAGGCAUACUAUGCCCAACACGCGAACCCUCCGCCGUCCAGCCAACCUCCCUCCGGCCGCUAUGAGAGUUAUGCCUCCCAGGGUAAUCCCGUGCCAGAUCAGCACUUACCUCGUCGGAUGCCCAGUUACAAUGCUGGAGAUGACUCUGGGUUCUUCAACCCUGCCCACACCCAGAAUUUGAGAGCGACCGGAGGAAACGCGCAGCAACCAGGACAGUACUCGACACAGGGUGGAAGCUAUGGGGGCGCUGGAACAGGGGACUACAACGUUGCGCACGGGAAUUUCGAUGAGGACCGCGAUUCACGAUAUUCACACACAGACGCAAUGUCGCGCAUGUCGCCCACCAGAGCCUCCUCGCACGCCUCCUCCGUAUCGUACCAACACCAGUAUUCAGGAGGAACAGCCCAGCCCGCCUACAACCCUCAGCAGUACGGCCUCCCGCACACCCAGUCGCAGCCAGUCCUCUCCUACAACUCGACCCUACCAAUCCACAACGGUCUCAGGCAUGAGCUCUCCAGUCCUCGCACGAAGGCAGAGUGCAGCUUCCAGUUACGGCCAGACACCACCAACUCCAUCCUCCUAUGGCUUCUCUCAGCCACCACCUCUUCCACCACCGAGGGGCCCCGAUCACCCGUAUGGAGUACGCCCGGCUGCGUACCAACCCAUGUCACCGAACCCCUCCCCUCCUAUAUCCCUUCGAAUUCUCCAAGCACGGCCCACAUGCCCCCGCCCUCGUCGCGCUCGUAUUACAAUAACUCACAAGGGGCGGCAUAUGAUUUGCCUUCCCCCCAAUACAACUCGGGAGUUUCCAGCAGUUCGUACGAAGAACAGCCUCCGACACCGCCAGUCCACCAGACCCAAACCAAUGGCCUGUAUUCCAGGCAGCCAAGUGUUUCUCACGCAGGGCCAGGGCGAUCUCUACCGAGCCCCCCAGGACAGUCAGAACUACCAAUCCUGCCGCCAAGACGUACGGACACAUUGACCCGACACCCGCAAUCGCGACCGCUACCAGGUCCACCGGUUGAGGAAAUGGCUACGAACGGCCAUGAAUUGCCGACAGAUGCUCCUAUGGCAUACGACGACGUGAUGAGACAGGAUGAGAUCGCAGCACUAAACACCCAGAAUUUCGCCCGGCGCCACAGUUCCAGAGCAUCUCACGCUAGCUCCGCUUCGCGCGUGCGCUUGUCUCCCGAUGAGCAGCACACUCAUACCAACGGAAGCAUGGAUACAGGGACGGGUCAUUAUGUGAAUUACGGCGCCCACAGUGACGACAAUGAUGCUGAAAUUGCAUUUGGGCUGGCUAUGCUGAAGGAAGACGAAGCCCGGGAUGCUCGUGAGCAAGAGCUUCAGCGGCAGCGCACUGAAGGGCGGAUGCGAAGUGGGACUAAUGCUUCAGUACUCUCCCGCGGAUCCAACAUUUCGCCAAGAGAGAACUCACCCAAUCCUGGUUCUCAUGGCGAUAGCGAUUUCAUCGCUCAUGAUCUCGCGCUGUAUGAGGGAGGCUAUCAGGCAAAUCUUCACUACGGCGACGAACCAGUGUAUGGCCAUGAAGACUAUGCUGAUCCUGCAGCGGGAACCAGGUUUGCAGGUACAUCUGGCUCAUUCAGAAGCUCCAAUGUGUCUCCCGACGAGCGCGGAGAUUACUUUGACGAAUACGAACACCCAGCCAUCGCAUAUGAAUAUGCAAACCGACUUCAUCAUUUGCCGCCCGAUGCCAGGGUAGACGCUGGUGGUACAGGCGGACUUUCCGCGCCUGACGCCUAUUCUCGACGGAUGAGCUUUGAUUAUGGCGACGAAGGAGAGACGCCAUACAACCAGCCCCACUCAGGAGAUCUAUCUGACGACGAGAGCCCUCACCGGGCUGCACACGAAGACCUCUUCUUCCACCCAGGGAUGCGCCCAUUGCCACCAGCACCCGUUGAUCCUGCUGGUAAUGCUGAUCUUGUAUCUCACCUGAUGCCCGCCGGCACAUACACCCACCACCAGGAGGAUGACCAGGAGACUUAUUCACAGUAUAGCAACCCCUCCUUGCAGCCGAACACUGAUCCUUACGGGGAUGUGUUGCUGAGCCCCUCCCAAGUGCCGCGGUCGUCAUCCUUGUCGACCCCUAUUGGGCCUCGUGCUGAUGCGCCUAUCAGGUCAAAGACCGACGCGGACCGCCUCAGAUAUAGACAGCAGCAACAGGAGCUCCUUUUGAAACUCAAACAGAAGGAUCUACCUCUUAUAGACCCGGCGGCGGCAGCAGCUGUCACCUUGGAUCUGCCAAGUAUCCCGGCUAGCCGGCGCAAGAAGUUCCACCCUGCGAAACUCUCGUCUGAGCAAUUCAAGAAAUGCAGCGAGCCGUGGGCUCUGAGUUCCCUGCUGUCCUGGAUUCGAGAUUUGAGCGAGGACGAAACAGAUCUCAGAGAGCAAGCCAUUGCUGAUGCUAUAGUUGCAUUGUUCACUCACAAAGUUCCUACCAUGAACAUUGCGGAUGCAGAAACGUUGGCAGCCCGCGUGGUCAGCGGCAUGCUUGAGGAGGGCGCCCUCGUCAAAGAAGAAGAAUGGGUCAAAUUUGGUUCUGGAACUCUCUCGGGCGUUUUGUUCCAGAUCACUGGAACGGGAUGUUACUCCGCUAAGCUGCAUUUGCAAGAGAUGCAUAUUGAAGACACCGACAGCUUUGGCCGAUGCUACUCCCAUCAUUGCAUGCGAACCUUGAAGAAGGUCAACCUCAAGGCGCAGAUGAUGGCACCGCAGAAGAAAAUUGAGGACUGGGUGACUUUCUACAAGGUGCCCAAAGAGUUAUGGGAGUCUCAUCCGAAAAAGGAGAUUGAUCGCCAGAACAAUUUGCAUGAGAUCGUCACCACGGAAGAUUCUUAUAUUGGGCAACUCGAUGUGCUCCGGGAACUUUAUCGCGACCAACUGGCUGGAAUGAACCCUCCGAUUAUCCCAGCGAAACGCCUGCCCAAAUUCCUGAUGGAUGUGUUUGGCAAGGUCGACGCUGUGAAAAAGGUCAAUGAGGAUUUCCUGCUGGCGCAGCUCAAGUACCGCCAGAAAGAACAGGGUCCAUUCAUCACUGGAUUCAGUGACAUCUUCAGAGAAUGGAUUCGGAAGGCGAAGAAUGUGUACAUUGACUACGCUGCAACCUUCCCUACCGCCAACUAUCUUGUUCGCAAAGAGUCGGAGCGCAACCCGCAUUUCAAGCAAUUCCUCAACCAGGCGCGGGAGCACAAGAUGUCCAGCCGACUAAGUUGGGAUACUUUCCUUAAGGCUCCGAUCACAAGAAUUCAGCGAUACACGCUUUUGCUGGCGACGGUUCACAAGAACAUGGUCAAGGACUCAGAAGAAAAGACCAAUGUUGCACAGGCCAUCGAAGAGAUCAAGGUUGUCGCGUUGGAAUGUGACAACAAGGUGGGAGAGAUGAAUAAGAAGGCUGAUCUGAUGGAGCUGGCUGCUAAGCUACAGCUGAGACCUGAUAUGAAGAAGGAGGUUGAACUCAACCUUGAACACUUGGGUCGACAAAUCAUUCACCGAGGUGAGCUGCAGCGUCCUGGAACACGCACCCGAUUCCUCGUCGAGACACACGCCAUCUUGUUUGAUCACUACUUGGUGCUUGCCAAAACAUUCACAAUGCGAGACCGGGCCGUCAAGUACGAGAGAUACGAUGUGUCCAAGUUGCCUAUUCCCAUGGAUCUGUUGGGACUGGAAAGCACAGAUGAUGACCCCGUGGUCAAGUCAUCUGUCCGUGGUGUUUCAACCGUGACACCCUCGCAAGCUGGUACUGUCAGUCCUUUGACACAUACUGGAUCCGGUGCUUCUGUUGGAAACGCUGCCAUUGACAACUCGCGGGACGAUAAGAUACUGUAUCCCUUCAGGAUCAAGCAUUUGGGCAAAACCGGAACCUACACCCUCUAUGCUUUCUCGGCUCAAAAUCGCAUGGAAUGGUGCCAAAAGAUCAUCGAAGCGAAGACGAAGCAUGCCGCUGCUCUUUUCUCGCAGAAUGCGGAGCCCUUCCGACUGCGCGUUCUCGCAGAUACUGCAUUUGCGUACUCUGAUCACACACCUGGCUCCAAGAGUGUCACCAUUAAGGGUACGCCGCUGCACCGCGCAAUCAAGGAAGUUGAGAAGCGGUACGAAGCGUCUGGUCCUCGUCCACCCCCGGUUUGUAGGACUGGAGUCAACUGCGCCACAGUUUUCCAGCAGCCUGCUGGCCGCAUGAUGUGUGCCAUUGGAACAGAGUAUGGAGUGUACAUGUCAGAGCUUAGCAACCCCCGGGGUUGGUACAGAGCUAUUCCCAUCAUGCGAGUCACCCAGCUUGCCGUCUUUGAGGAUUUCAACCUUCUUCUUUUGAUCGCUGAUAGAUCCUUGAUCGCUUAUCACCUUGACGUUGUCUGUCCUGCCAAUGGAAGUGGCUCUCAAUCCUCUCAAGAUUCUGCCCGCCGUGCUCCCCAGAAGCUGUCUGGCAAUCGUGAAGUGGGCUUCUUUGCCGCUGGACGCCUAAAAGAUAGGUAUUUGGUUCUAUACAAAAAACGUGACGGACUUUCUUCCACAUUCAAGGUCCUCGAGCCAGUCCUCCAAAAGUCAUCAUCCAACAAAACACGUCUCUUCAAACGCUCCCAAACGGAGUUCUUCCGUGAAUAUGACGAUUUCUACAUCCCUGCAGAAACCUACCGCAUCAACAUGUUCCAUUCUUCUCUCGCAAUCUCAACCCAAAAAGGAAUUGAAGUCCUCACUCUCGACAAGAAGCAUUCCUGGUCCGUCCCCGACUUCAGCGCAAACGAAUCCGACGCACAAGACACCCUGCAAAGCAUCGCGAACCGCAUCACCGGCCUCAAACCCCUCGGAAUGUUCCGCAUCUCCGAAAGCGAGUUCUUGGUCGCCUACCAGCAAUGCGCAGUCUACGUCAACAAGCACGGCGACGUCUCUCGCAGCGUCGUCAUGGAGUUCGUGGGUAGCGCGCACACAGCUUGUCUAUAUGGCAAAUUCCUGAUUCUCUUCAACGACGACUUCGUCGAAGUUCGCAACGCAAUGAACGGUCGUCUGCGCCAGGUCAUCCCUGGCCACAACGUCGUUUGCAUUGAUGACGGAAGUAAAAUGCCCGGCUCGCUGUACGGCAAUGCCCAGGCCAAUACCGGUGGCUCAGGUCUUACGAGUGGCUUCUCUGGUGCCAGUAAUGGCUUCUCUGGUCCGACGGGCAAUACCGUCAAGAUCUGCAUGCAGCACCCGGAGUACGAGCGUAGCCAGCUUGUUUUGGAAUUGGUUGAGAAUGAGGGCCAGAAGGACUGA